CGGAGAGGCACUGUGAUGUGGAGAAGAAGGAGCCGCAGUGUGGCAGCGCGGAGAGGCCAAAACACAGCGCGUCCGCUCCCAGGCAUGUGAGGACGGGCCGCCGAUGAUGCUAGCUCUACCAUGGGCAGUGUCACUCUCCGCUACUUCUGCUAUGGCUGCCUCUUCACCUCGCUGACGUGGUCCAUCCUGCUCUUCCUUUACUUUAACCUGACUCAGGAGAGCCGCCUGUACUCCAGCCAUGUGCCCAUCAAGGGGGCGCAGCACUACUUCCAGCCCCGCUUUACCCGCCGUCCCGUCCCGGCCAACAGAGCACAUGGCCACCGCGGCGGUGGGAACGAGCUCUCACCAGAGAUGGGAAUGAUUUACAACGAGAAGGAUCAGGAAGUGAGGGAUACGGGCUACCACAGACACGCCUUCAACGUCCUCAUCAGCAACAGGAUUGGAUACCACCGAGACCUGCCCGAUACCAGGAAUGAAAAGUGCAAAGGGAAGACGUAUCCGCUAGCGUUACAGACGGCCAGCGUCGUCAUCUGCUUCUUUAACGAGGCGUUCUCGGCCCUGCUCAGGACGGUGCACAGCGUCCUGGACCAGACGCCCGGGUACCUCCUGCACGAGAUCAUCCUGGUAGACGACAACAGCGAGAUAGAUGACCUGAAGCAGGAUCUGGAUGUGUACAUACACACUAACCUACCAGACAAAGUGAAGCUGGUGCGCAAUAAGAAGAGAGAAGGACUGAUCAGGGGGAGGAUGAUCGGAGCCUCACAUGCUACAGGAGAGAUCUUGGUGUUCCUGGACAGUCACUGUGAGGUGAACGAGGCGUGGCUGCAGCCGUUGCUGAGCCCGAUUAAAGAGAACCGCCGCACGGUGGUGUGUCCCGUCAUCGACAUCAUCAGCGCCGACACGCUGCUCUACAGCCCCUCUCCCAUCGUCAGGGGGGGCUUCAACUGGGGGCUGCACUUUAAAUGGGACCCCGUUCCCGUAUCAGAGCUCAACAACCCGAGCGGAGCAAUCAGGUCUCCCACCAUGGCCGGGGGUCUGUUCGCCAUGGACAGAGAAUACUUCAACGAGCUCGGACAGUACGACAGCGGCAUGGACAUCUGGGGCGGAGAAAACCUGGAAAUCUCAUUCAGGAUCUGGAUGUGCGGAGGUCAGCUCCUGAUCAUGCCCUGCUCGAGAGUAGGCCACAUUUUCCGUAAGCGGCGUCCGUACGGCUCCCCCGGAGGACAGGACACGAUGGCGCGGAAUUCCCUGCGUCUGGCCCACGUCUGGAUGGACGAGUACAAGGAGCAGUACUUUGGCCUGCGUCCCGAGCUCAGGAACCGUGACUUCGGGGACAUCAGCGAGCGCCUGGCGGUGCGCGAGCGCCUGCAGUGUCGCUCCUUUAAGUGGUAUCUAGACCAUGUUUACCCAGAAAUGCAGCUGUCCUCACCUCAGAAUAAAGCACAGCCUCCCGUCUUCUUUAACCGCAGCAUCAAGAGGCCAAAAGUUCUGCAGCGUGGCCGGCUGCGUAACCUGCUGGCCGAGAAGUGUUUGGUGGCUCAAGGGCGCCCCAGCCAGAAGGGCGGCACCGUUGUGUUGAGACCCUGCGAUUCUCAGGACCCUGAACAGGAGUGGGUGUAUGACGAGGAGCACGAGCUGAUCCUGGCCGGGUUGCUGUGUUUGGACAUGUCUGAGAUCCGCUCGGCCGAUCCUCCCCGCCUCAUGAAGUGUCACGGCUCGGGCGGCUCCCAGCAGUGGAGUCUAGGGAAGAAUAAUCGUCUGUACCAGGUGUCCGUCGGUCAGUGUCUGGCCGUCCUCGACCCGCUCAGUCAUAAGGGUUACGUUGCCAUGGCGAUCUGCGACGGCUCUGAAGGCCAGCAGUGGCAGCUACAGGGGUGAUGAAGCUCGGCUCUGAACACACACACACACACACACACACACAGACAGAGACUGUGGAGUGAACUUACACCUGAUACAUGGCAGAGAAAAACGGACCAAUACUCACACAGCUUACGCUCUGUUGUCAGUUUGUCCGGCGGAGCAGGACGGGGUCGUUCCCCGACUAGCAGUCUGGGUCUGAGCCUGUCCGAUCCGUCGUCACGGCAAUAAACAUAUCACUGAGCUCA